AUGAGGACUGAAGGAUUAUCAGUAUUUACACCAGUUCUGUCCUUGACCUCAGCACCGGAAACUGAUAGGAAACAAUCUGUCGCGUUUAGAUUUCACAGUGUAAAGGUGGUGUUAUUAUUGGAGUUCAUAUUUUGCCAAGAUUCUGAGACUAGAUGGAGUGAAUGUUCUCGAUCAUGUGAUACUGGAUUGACCAAUAGAACAAUACCAUGUUUAAAAACUGACCAAUCAUGUAGCGGGAUUAAAUACCAAUUUAAGUUGUGUAAUAGACAGCCUUGUUUAGACAAUAGUAUAGAUUCUAGACAUCAACAGUGUCAAAAAUUUAAUUCAAAACCAUUCCAUGGAGAGACACAUCAAUGGGUGCCAUUAUUAGAUACAAAUAGUCCCUGUGCUUUAAUAUGUCGGAGUGGUAAUGUAACUGUUACAUUCUCGGAGAAGGUUGAAAAUGGUACCAAGUGUAGAGAUAGAGGUGAUGACGUCUGUAUAGGUGGUACAUGUAUGUCUGUAGGUUGUGAUGAUAUAAUAGGAUCUGGGUUGUCUGUAGAUAAAUGUGGUGUUUGUGGUGGAACCGGAAGUUGCUCUAGUCAGUAUUCCUGGCUGAUAUCCUGGUCGUCUUGCUCUGUAUCUUGUGGUACAGGAUUACAGAGGUCGAAAAGCAGCUGUACAGACCACACAACCAAUAUGACGGUUUCAGACAAACAUUGUCCUGUCGAUGGUAAACUUAGUCAGAUUGCUAGGGAAUGUUAUACAGAUUGUACCAAUGGCCUGGUACCAGUGUGUGAAGGCGGAAAUUGUCAAGAAUGGACUUUUAAAAAUUGGUCACAGUGUUCAGUAACGUGUGGUAAAGGGUUUCAGUUUAGAGCUGUUUCAUGUAAACAUGGGCCAUGUUCCGGUGAAUCAAAACCAACCAAUCGUCGAAUCUGCUAUACUGGAAUAAUUUGUGCACAGAAAGAUGAAGAUAUGUUAUAUUAUCCCAGUGAUGAAGCUAUUCCCGAUUAUCCCACUGAGAUGACUGGGGAAGUGGAUGACAAACCAAGAUACAUCACAGGAGAAUGGAACACUUGUAGCGUUACAUGUGGUGUUGGAAUUAAAACCAGAACAGUGGAAUGUCAGACAAUUUUACCAGAAACCAAGAACCUUGAAGUUGUUAAAGAUGAAGAAUGUUACGAAGAUGUAAGACCAAAUGAUCGAGAGGAAUGUCAAUUGGACAGAUGUAUAAAUGAAAAUAUGACGACAACAGUCAUAAACAUUGAAACAACCACUGCAGCAAGCGAAUCCUAUUCUUGGAAUAUUGGUGGAUAUGGUGAAUGUAGUAAGAGCUGUCUGGAAGGGGAGAGGCUUCCUUUCUUGGACUGCAUCUACUCCAUAACCAAACAAACAGUAGAUAAAAUACAUUGUGAAGGAUUAGUACCACCCGUGGUGAAACCAACUAUUUGUAAUGACCAUGCAUGUCCGCCAAGAUGGGAAGUGGGUGAUUAUGGACCAUGUACAGUUGAGUGUGGAGGUGGGGUACAAGAAAGGCCAGUAGAAUGUAUUGAAGAACGAUCUUUAAUUUCAAAAGUACCAGUUGAAUCUCACAGAUGUCCUGGAGCUAUUCCCAUGUCAAAACGUAAUUGCAACACACAGUUUUGUCCAGCUAGAUGGAUGACUAGGGACUGGUCGAAGUGUUCAACCUCAUGUGGUGUUGGUAUCCAGAAUCGUAGAGCUUUCUGUGUCAAGUCCCCAAUAGUUGGUCGUCAGGUUACAGUAUCAGAUACAGAAUGUAUGGGUCCGAAACCAAUCACAUCCCGAGAGUGCCAUCUUGGUAAAUGUUUUGGAACAGAGGAACCUCCACCAAUUAUAAAAUCUGAGAACUAUACCUACGUUCAAUUUAGGCGUUCUAAAAGGGUGAGGUUGAUAGUUGGGGGCAAGGUUGUACUACUUCCGGGACAAUCAACAGUUAUUAAAUGUCCCGUCAAACAUUUUCAGCGGAAGUUGAUUUUCUGGAGUAAAGGAUAUAAACUCAUCCCUAUGAUGGCAGGUCGGAUUCACACGACUUUUAGCGGAAAUCUGAAAUUAAGAAAAACUAAACCGGAAAUAGAUGCUGGUGUGUAUACGUGUAGUGCUGGAUUACAGAGUGCUUCAGUUACCAUCGUGUUUCAAAGCAAAAGAGACGCUUUUAAAAAAGCGCGCGAAAUGAAGAAAAUACUAAGGGAAGCUAACAAAAAGAGUAAUUUAGUGUUGCCAAUAAACGAUGAGGCAGCCGGAGGUCAAGCCGCUCAAGAUCCUAGAUACAACGCCACAAAGCAGUUGAUCUUCACUUCCGGUUCAUGGUCGCCGUGUUCACAAACUUGUGGCUCCGGUCAGCAAACCCGUGAAGUAAAAUGCACUCGAAUUACACACAAAUACAUGAAAAUGCUAAGCGACAGAGAAUGCAAGAGGUGGGGUUUGACGAAACCAAUUUCAAUACAGAAAUGUUUAGUUCGAGAAGAUUGUCCUUCUUGGGAAAUUGGAGAGUGGUCAAAGUGUAAUAAAAAGCAGUGUGUUCGAGAUGGUUACGGUCAGAAGAAAAGACCUUUACAUUGUAUUCAUUCAAAUGGAACCAGGGCACCUCUUGAUGUUUGUGCGGCUCUAGAGCGUCCACAGCAUAAAGAAGAGUGUCGUAGUUUUGAUUGUUAUAGUGUAUGGAGAACAACGAAAUGGACUGAGUGUUUACCGCGAUGUGCAAAGAAAGGGUAUAAAAGUCGUAUAUUGACAUGUAUCUGGAAGAGAUCUAAACUACCAGCAUGGUCAGCAUGCAAAGGUAAACCAAGACCUAUAACAAGAAAGACCUGUUCACCGAGACCUUGUGUAGAAGAAUGCGCAGACAAAUCUCGAUACUGUAAUUUAGUGGGAAUGUUAAAAAUGUGUCGAUAUUCGAACUUCCGAUUUAAUUGCUGUGCUACUUGUAAAGCUUAUCUACAACGUAAUUCGUGA